AUGGACAUGAACAGUGGACGACCUCUCAUUCCUCGCCUUCCAAGCGGUGUAUCUCCUCAAAACCACAGUCCAUCAAAUACAAGACCUGCGACCUCGGCUCGACGACAGAUCCGCUCACGCGAGGGAUGUUUAACAUGCAAGAGGAGAAAAGUCAAAUGUGAUGAGCAAAGACCACGAUGCUCUCAUUGCGAGAGACUAAAUAUGGAGUGCAAAUGGCGACCUCAGCAACGAUCAGGAGUUCAAAGGAGACAAGCGCCUUCCACCGAAGUCCCUGAUCAAUCUAUCGAGCAGCACCUAUCACCAAAUUUCGAUACAUCACCGGGGAGCUCAGUAUUCCAACCAGGAAAUGCAGUUGAUGAAGUCUUCGAUUAUGCAAGUUUCAUGUGGGACUACGGUGAUUUUUGGCAACACGCCUCACCAGAGACACAGCAGCAUCAGGGGUUGGAACCAAACAUGUUGGCGGCUCAAUCGCAGAUCACAUUCCCUGACAGGACAGCUUUUGCGACACCACUUCCAGCGCCCUCACUGUCACAGAGCAAUGGUAGUCGGGACCAAGAUACUACGGAUGGGAGUGCUAAGUUGAUGGAAUUCUUCGCCAGCUCCGUCAAUCCCCCUAUCAUCGCUGAGGUCGAGACUCAGAAGAAGUGGGUGUCCAUGCGACAAGCUGUUGUCGAAAUGGCAAGCAUUUCUCCCAUGGUGCGACACGCGAUCAUGGCCUUUUCGAAUUUACUUCUUUCUCGACGCGAUGGGAACUGGACUAUGAGCGAUGAGGAUCACUAUCAGCGAGGCGUUACCGAGGUCGCGAGCCAUGACGGCACAUCAAUGUCGGAACACAGCCCUGCACGCGAAUACCUUCUCGCAGCAUUAUUCUUUCUCAGCUAUAUCGAUAUCUUGGAGAGUCGUCUCGAUGCUGCGCACUCAAAUCUCAAGCGCGCAUAUACGCUCUUCCAAAGUAGUAAUAAGCACGGCCUGACAGCGGUAGAGAAGCAGUUGCUUCUUUGGAUUCGACUUCUUGAUGGUCGGGCGGUGACGGCUGGUGGCUCUGGUCUUUUUCUCACUAAAGACGACGAAGUUCUUUUGGUAGAAGCAUCACCCGCGAGUUUCGAUGGUGAGCCCGAAGAAGUUUCGAAAGAUCCCACCGAUGACAUUGAGGACGUGUUGUUUCAAGUAUUGUAUCAACCUGGCGUUGUGUUCUACCAAAAAGUCCAAAGCUUCAUGGGGAGGAUAUCCAAGAUAGACCCCUGGCAUCGUUCUCGAGGGACGGUCGAAGACGAAAUCGAAGUCAUGAACAUCGGUACGGUUAUAGCGGCUGAUUUGCGAACUCUAUACGAACACCGUCCACCAUUGAUGGACUUUGCUGUGGCAGGCAAGCUAAAGGAGCCUCACGUCUCGAAGCAUCUAGCUUUUGUCAUCACACGAGCAUUUCGAACGUACCUGUCAAACUAUUACGCAAGCAAAGUCCACCUCCACCGAGUUGCGUACAAGAACCUUCCCCUGACCAAGGAGGCGUCUGAGGCGUUGGACCAGAUCCGAAAUCUCGCUAGACAAAUUGUGGCGGACUUGGACCCUGAGGAUACGCUCCCCGUCAACAUGCUCUGGCCGCUGCUGAUGCUGGGAGUUGAAGAGCAAGAUGCCAACGAAAAGGCGUGGAUAAAGACUCAAAUUCUCAGAAUGGAGAAGGUUGCUGGCAACGCGCGCAUCACGGCGCAAGUGUUAGAAGAGGUUCAAGCUCGACAAGAUGCUGCCAAGGCACGAAUGGAUAUCCGGGCCGUGAUGCAUGCCGUUUUCAACUCAUGCUUUGCCAUUGUCUGA